AUGAUCAGAGAAGAAAUCAAGGUUGACUGUCAAGAAGCUGAUGAAUAUGAUGAAUCUGACGAAGAAUCAUAUGUUGGAGAGCUCACCAUCAGUGAAAUGGCUGCUGGCUUUACUGAGACAUGUCUAAUGAAUGAGAAACUGUAUGCAAAAGUACGGGAAUAUAGGAAUACUAAUAGAUUCCUACUAGAAGAAAUAGUAACUCUCAUGGAAGAGUUUGCUGAUCUGGAAAGAAACUCCUCUAGUUGCAAUGUCAGAGAGAAUGCUGUAACAUCGGUUGGCAACAUUAUGAAACUUCAGAUCAUCAAAAAUUAUGUGGCUACUGAUCUUCCUAUUGCUGAUGCCAAGAUUGUCAAAAAGAUUUUGGAUGAAAAUCAUCAGGUCCCUAGGAUAUCUUUCCCUUUACAAACCGUGAUUCCUGAUCCUCCCAAGAGCAAAAGUAAUGAUAACGAUGUUCACACUGCUGGUAGUGAGAUUCACAUGACUAAAGAGGAGAACAAUGAAGAGGUUCAAGAAGAUGCUGAUAACACCAAUGUCACUAAGGAUGUCAAUGACAUCGGAAAUUCUGAAGCUGAUGAUAGUCCAAGAGCAGAUGCUGGAACAGGUAUAAAUGUUUUGGAUUUAGAUGAGUACUCUGACAAUGAUUUGGUUGCUACUGUGAACUCUAGUGUAGCCAAAAGACUCAUAACUAGGAGAAAAGGCAAAGCUGUGAUUCAAAAUUCUCCUGUGAAGAAAGAUGAUGUUAAAAGCCCUUCCAAAGACUUUGUCAAGAAGAAGAGUACCUCUGCAGGACCUAUAAAGACUAGAGUUGUGGCUAAAAGUGUUGGUGUUGGUCACUCAAAAUCUUGGAGCAAAGUUGUUCCAAAGAAGAGGAAGGCAAGAGCUGUUGAAGAAUCCGAGUCUGAUGUUGAAGUGAAUGUCCAUGACAUUCCAUUAAAGAAGAAGCCCACAACUAGCAAGCUUGCUGCUAGUGUACCUGAAGUUCCCAUUGACAAUGUAUCCUUUCACUUUGCUGCAAGUGCAAAUAGGUGGAAAUUUGUGUAUCAAAAGAGACUGGCCCUUGAGAGGGAAUUGGCUCAAAAUGCUCAUGAAUGUAAGGACAUAAUGGACUUGAUUAAGGCUGCUGGCCUAAUAAAAACUGUUGUCCAUCUGAGUAAAUGCUAUGAAAUGCUGGUGAAAGAAUUCAUAGUAAACCUCUAUGAAGAGUGUGCUAACAAGAGAUCUAAGGAAUUCAGAAAAGUUUUUGUAAGAGGAAAAUGUGUUAACUUCUCGUCCACUGUGAUCAAUAACCUAUUGGGAAGGUCUGAUGAAGCUCAACCUAAGCUUGGAAUCUCUGAUAACAAGGUAUGCCAAGUUAUCACUGCAAACCAAGUCAGGAGCUGGCCCUUGAAAGGGAAAUUGUCUGCUAGUAGACUAAGCAUGAAAUAUGCAAUGAUGCAUAAGAUAAGGGCUGCUAAUUGGGUGCCAACAAAUCACAAGUCUAUUGUCUCAACUGUCCUUGGAAGAUUAAUGAAACAACUUCAAAACAUAAACAAAACACUUCAUCCCGAUGUUACAGAAUCAGAGCACACCACUAAUAAAUAA